AUGAGCACCAUUACCGUUACACCAAGUGGGCUCCAGAUCCACCAAGAAUAUGGUGUUGGUCUGGUGCUUCAAGAUUCCAGCUACUACUCAAUUGCGCCGAAACAGAGAAAGUUGCCGAUAAAACUGCAGCUUUUGAUCCAGCAUCUCUACAUUCUGAGUCUUGUCGAUUUUUAUAAGCCAGAGGGGCCAAACAAGAAUAAAAACCAACAAGUAGCUACCAACGUUCAAGACAAAGCUUUACCCUUGCCAUCUACAGGCGAAAUCAGUGCGGCUACCCGACACUAUAACGAUGGAGCCAAUGUUGUGCUACUAUUCCCGGGGAAGCACAGACACUGUCACUGGUGGAUUCUCUACUGUCCAACGCAGGAAUCGUACGGGUCAGAAGCACCGAGCACCGGCGAUAAGCGGGCUGGCUCGCCAGGCUCUGCCAAUCAAUCUGGCCGAAAGAAAAAGGGAUCUGGGCGGGAGAACAAUGACCGGAGCAAUGGCAAAGGCAGCAAGGGAAAUGGACAAAGCCCAGGCAAAAAGAAAAGAGGCUUUGGUUCCCACCAGCCUUUUACCAAAAAGCUUGCUUGUCUAUUUUUCAAGCUUGAUCCGGGCAAAUACCAAUGCUGCGCUGGGUGCAAAAUAACCGAGUGGGAUCGCCUUCUGCAGCACCUCAAACGGCAGCACCUCAUCGAAGGAGAGCAUUGCCCCAAAUGCCGCGAAGAAUUUUGCGGCGAGGACGCUGAGACCGAAAAGAACGAGCAUAUCCAACAAGAUACUUGCAUCGAAGAGACAGCUCUAGAAACCGGGCUACUUCUUGAAGUUGAGUAUGAAGCCCUUAACGGUUUGCAUGGUUCUCAUGAAGAAAAAUGGUAUAAAGCAUGGAAGAAGCUGUUUGGAGAACAUACAGCUCCCUAUUCGCCAUUUUUCGAAACUGUCGACUGUAUGCUGGAAGUGCAACAGAGCACUAUGGAGAGAGAACUGCCGACUAUUUUACAGUCGUUCCGUCGCGAUGCCUUGGCUAGACCGGAAGGUAAUAAUGCCGCUGCCACUAUCGCCGCUAUACUAGAGCUGUUACGGAACCCGAUUCCUACCCCCAAUUCACCUGCACAGGGAGAGUCCCAGGCUGUGUUGGCGCCUUUGACGCCGGCACAAAUACCGUUGGCCCAAGACAUGCCAACUAUUCAGGAUUCGGAGACUUGGCCAGAUGUCAUGGAGCCCUUUAGGCCCACUACUGGCGAUUUACCUGACCAACUAUACAUUCCAGCCAUGGAAGCAGGACCUUUUGGAUACAUCUUGCAUGGUAUACUUUGGCCUCAGCCCUUGGAAGAACCUCUUGUGUCCUUUGAUGAUGAAGUUUUUCGUCAGUUGACGCACUACUCAGAUGACGGAGAUUAUUUUGAAGAGUUUGACAACAGUGGACAUAUUUUAGAAUGA